AUGCCCAGGCAGACAUACGAUGCCGCCGCAGUUACCGUCGCCACUGAGUGUCAUCCUGCCCUUCCGACUCAACACAUCAUCCACGCGCUUGUGUUACGUGUUUCGCCUCACCUCCUCGUCACCAGCGUCGACGUCAGCCAUCCUGAUCGCAUCUCCACCUCGUCAGUCCCUUCGACAGUCGCCUCGGGUCCACAAUCCACACCGCGCACAUUGCGUUGCAGCAUUCGACAUCUCCACCUCCCUCGUGUUCUGCACCCGCGGACUUACCAAAGACUUGCACGAAGGUAG